AUGGCAUCCAAAUUUCUCCGUCUAAACCGCAACUUCCUCCUCGCCCGCCCAACCGCGCGGCUAACCCCUACAUCACCAUGCGCACUGCGCCUCGGCACAACCUCUACCAACGACCUAAGCAACCACAACACCACGCGCCCCUUCUCACAGACCCCGCAGCCAGCCCUUCAAAUCGACUCAACCUUCAUCUCGCAAAUCACAGCUGCCGAAAAGGCCAUAACCGGCAGCGACAAGCCCGUCGCCAACGGUCCCACGGCAAAAGCCCAAGCACACGCCGGCCAGACACUCACGGGGAGCAUAAUCCACGACAUCACCAUGGCCGAGAGGGCGAUAACAGGGCGCGAGGAUGCCAUAAAAGGCGGUCCUACAUCUAUCGCUCAGUCGGCCUUGACAUCUGGCAAUAGUCUUAACAACAACAAUAAUAACAACAACAACAAUAAUAAUAACGCUGCGAAUGCAACGACGUCAUCGCACUCCGGUACCCUGGACUCGACGACGCUGCAUAAAAUUACAGAGGCAGAGAAGAAACUUACGGGUCAGGAUGGUCCGGUUAAGGAUGGUCCUACGGCGCAUGCGCAGAGCCAUGCGAAUGAGCCGAUUACGAGUCAGGCGUUGCAUGAUAUUACUGUUGGGGAGAAGAAGGUUACGGGUGGGGAGAGGGUUAAGGGGGGUCCGACGGCGACGGCGCAGAGUGAGUUGAGUAAGAGUCGGGCGUGA